AUGUCUGAAGUAGUCACAGGUGUUUUGAAGCUUGCCUUCGGUUUUAUAUCGAACAAAAUUCGUGAUUAUGGCGCUGAGAAACUCCAAGAUGGAGGUCUCACUGAUCAAAAGUUUCGAGGUUUGGUUGUUCGUGAAAUGGACGACAUCAAAUCUAAGCUUGAUGCUAUUUCGAGAAAAGAUCUUGGUACGAGCAUUAGUUCCCUACGGGAAGGUAUCGACCGCCUGAGUUUGUCUUUUGACGAGUUUUCCAAUAGUCGAAACCAGUGUACAUCUGAAGUACCGACUGCUAAGGAAAGUCCUGACGCGACGAAGCCAGCUCAACAGUCAGUGACUGUGGAAGACGCAGUUGCACUUGCCAAUGUCAUUGGGAAUCUGAAGAUCGUAUCAAAUGAACGAUUCGAGUUGGCUAAAAAAUCUUUCGAAAAAGCAGCAGAAAAAGCAAGCGAAGCAUUUCAUAACACAGCACUGAGCACAGACGAAAGAAUCCUUGCGAGUAAAGUACGCAUCGCGAGCGCAAUACUUCAGCAUUUGGACGACCCAGAAAUCGCGGCAAGUGACUGUUUAAACAGCUUGAGAGAAUUAAAUGACAUGCCAUCCAUACAAGAAAUAUUUUCCGUGCAUCUUAAAGGUGGAAUAAAAUCAGUCUUCAAGAAAGAGUCACGAGUGGAAGUCGUGGAAACUGUAACGAUGAUCAACUUGAUCUUGGCUGAUUUUAUCUCGAAGUUUACAAAGCGAAGAAUGGCUGUUCUUGAUUGGCCAAUGAUAAAAUGUGGCAAGCGAGUUGUCCAUCCGAUUCAUUACGACCAAAGGAGAUUACCAAAUCUGAAAGAAAUGGGAAUAACAGCACCCUGGGACAUUGUAGUACUCAAAGUGGAAAUCACGUCAAAGCGUGGGCUCACCAGAAAAGGAGAUCUCAUUUGUCUCCCCAAUGACGGAGGUGGUCCUCAAAAACUCGACAAAACAACAGGUAAGCUGCAGCCGUACUGCCUUUCUCCUUUGGAAGACAACACUGAACAUCCUCAGCCCUUGGGGGAAGCCAUUGAUUUAGCUUUCGAUGAAGACGACACAAUGUACGUUUUUUCGCGUGACAGAGGCCGUGACUAUACGUUGUCAGUGUACAGUGCAGAUGGAAGAAAUAUGUGUCAUUGUAUUUUGAAAUUCCUUGAAGAAAAAAUCUGUCGCGACAGUCAUAUCACUGUGACCAAUGACAAAAAGAUUGUUAUUAGUUGUGGCUAUUACUAUAAGACACGGAAUAUCAUGGUAUAUUUAUGUAACAGCGACGGAAAACUGAUAAACAGCUUUGACACAGGUUUGAGGUCAGGGAUAUCAUAUAAUGAACAUUACAUAGAAUUCGUGUCUGUUUCUUUCGAUAAUAAAAUAAUACUCGUAACAACCGCCGGUCGUGCAAAAGCUCAGGUCAGUUUUGAAGAUUCACAAUCACACAUGCUUUAUAUCUACACAGAAGACGGAGAGUUGUUACAAAGGGCUGUUAAACUUCAUUCAAGUGAAGCGGAUAACCUGUUAGACCGGCGUUGCACAAUAUUUUACAACCAAGUCACCGAGAACAUUAGUCACGUUAUGGCAAUGGCUCCAUAUCUUGCUGGUAAGAUAUUGAUAGAAUAUUUGUCUGGUGAAACCGCUGAAUGUCAGUGCUCAUGUUUACUGUAUGGUACAAACUUUCCAGAAGGUAUACCAGCACAUUGCAGCCAUCUUGUCUGCAACACAAAUGGUGCAGUUGCUUUGGUUAGUGAAAACCGUGUCAUUUUUCUGCAAAAACCAUCUCUGUGA